UUUUGUCUGUCUGAAUGCUACAGCAGCACGGGGGGGAAAAAAAGAUUGAGGAUAAGGCAAAAAAAAAAAAAAAAAACUGGAGAAAUGUGACAAUCCAACGGUCAUUUUCAUGGCGAGGGGGAAACUGGUGCGAAAGGAGUUAUUCUGGGACUCCUUUGAGCCUCGAAACGCUGGAUCAAAAUGCUCAUAGUGGAGAAAACCACAGACUUCCCCUCUGCUGAGUUCUCUCUAGUGGAGGAUGUGGCUCUGCACUUUACCUGUUUGAUGGACAGGCUGAAUGAGCAGCGCCUCUUCCAGCCUGACCUGUGUGACGUUGACAUUGUUCUUGUGCGUCAGCACAGCACCUUUCCGGCCCACAAGGGUGUGCUGGCAGCUUACAGCCCUUUCUUCCACUCGCUUUUUGCCCAAAGCAAACAGCUGCGGCGGGUAGACCUGUCGCUGGAUGCCCUGACCUCUCAGGGCCUUCAGCAAAUCCUCAACUUCAUUUACACCUCCAAACUGCUGGUGAGCAGCCGCACUGUCCGCGACGUGCUCAACGCCGCUACCCUGCUUCAGAUGAGCGACAUCGCAGCCUCCUGUCACGACCUUAUCAGCAGUCACUCGCUGAGAACCACCUGCACAGAUAUGGCCAAUCAAGAAGGGCAUGCCAGCAGUGAGCCGGCUUCUGUAGCGAUGCCCCCCAGCCAGAUGUACCGCGAGAUCAAACAGGAGUCAGAGCUCGGCAGGGUGUACACGAGAGAAGGAAACAGCCCUUUUUCUGUCAGAGUAGAAGAGACGGGCAAGACGGCUUCUCAGGCAAAGCAGUACUACCAGAAGGAGGAAGGCUUGGGAAGUGGGGCCGGCACAGGUGUGGCUGGUUUGUGUAAAGUGGAAGGAAAUGGAGAGGAGUCAAAGACAGCAGAUGGCCACGCCUCCUUCAACAGAGAUCAGAUCAUCGUCGAAGUCAACCUUAAUAACCAGACUCUUAACGUCUCAAAGGGAUCAGAGGGCAAAUCGGCGACUUCUACAGAGACUUCCACCAUGUUUGGCCGCUGCCGUAACAAUCAGCAAGACUCAGAGGGCGAUGAAGAGAAUGAAGUGGAGAACGAUGAUGCAGAUGGAGAAGAGGAUGUUGACGACUUGAAGAGGGGUGACAUAUUGGGGCAAAGUAGUGAAGAGGAAGAUGAGGAGGAGGAUGAAGAAGAAGAGGAAAACACCCUCAACAUUCCAGGCUUGGAGCAGCCAGCCAUUAUGGAUCGACCUCGUCGGGGCACCAGAGCCUUGGCUAUGGCUGGUACCACUGCCUCUCUGCGGCAGACGCUUGCAGAGGCCACGCUGGCCAACCAGCGGCAGGGCGGGAAGAGGGCGCUGGACCCGGAGGGCCUGGGCCAAAAAGUGAGGCUGGAGGAGAAGCAACAUUACCCAUGUAAAAAGUGUCCUCGCAUCUUCAACAAUCGCUGGUACCUAGAAAAACACAUGAACGUCACUCACAACCGCAUGCAAAUCUGCAAUAACUGCGGAAAACGCUUCCUGCUAGAGAGCGAGCUGCUGCUGCAUCAACAGACUGACUGUGAGAAAAGCAUCCAGUGUGUGACCUGUGGCAAAGCCUUCAAGAAGCUGUGGUCGUUGCACGAGCACAACAAGAUCGUCCAUGGCUACGCCGAGAAGAAGUUCUCCUGCGAGAUCUGUGAGAAGAAGUUUUACACGAUGGCCCAUGUCAGGAAGCACAUGGUCGCCCAUACGAAGGACAUGCCAUUCACCUGUGAAACGUGUGGGAAAUCAUUCAAGCGCAGCAUGUCCCUGAAGGUUCACUCUCUACAGCACUCAGGAGAGAAACCCUUCAAGUGUGAGAACUGCAGCGAGCGCUUCCAGUACAAAUACCAGCUCCGCUCCCAUAUGAGCAUCCACAUCGGACACAAGCAGUUCAUGUGCCAGUGGUGCGGAAAGGACUUCAACAUGAAACAGUACUUCGAUGAACACAUGAAAACACACACUGGAGAAAAGCCGUACAUCUGUGAAAUCUGUGGGAAGAGCUUCACGAGCCGGCCCAACAUGAAGCGCCACCGCCGCACCCACACCGGAGAAAAGCCAUACCCAUGUGAGGUGUGCGGCCAGCGUUUCCGCUUCUCAAACAUGCUCAAGGCCCACAGGGAGAAGUGCUUCCGCGUCACCAACCCCAUGGUUCCCGACGGCAACGGUGACCCCCUGGGCCUCGACCGGCCCUUGGCGCCACCCGCUGCGGACUCUUCCGGUCAGGCCCAGCUGGGCACGGCACUCCCUGCCACGUCCGUGACUACACCCGCUGCUGCCUCUAGCCCCCACCCCCUCCACGGCACCCAGCUGUCCCUCCCCCUGCUGCACUCCAUGGGAGGGCUGCCUCCCACCCCGCAUUUACCCCCGCCGCCUCCACUGUUUUCUGCUGGUAGGAUGAACUCCAACAACUAACAAAUCUCUGUAGCAUUGAAAGCACUUUGUUACUUUUU